AUAGAUAACGUUUCAAUAUACUAUUAUUAGAUUCCUGCAGAUAUUUAGCUAAAAGUUUUAGAGACUUUUGGUAGCCUAAACAAUCCAAUUAUCGGUAAACAGCUAUUGAACGCAGCUCGUAAACUUGAUGUGACCGUCAAUCAAACAUGGAAGAUCUAGUCGUGACGUCAUCCGUUCAUUCGCCUACGGGACUUCAGCAAGUUGUCCGGGACUUCGGUAGUACCACAUUACUACAGCGUCUCAAAGUUGACUAUCCGGGGAAUGACGAAGGCGGGGAGAGACUGGCUCGAGUCUAACACUCACUCAAAGCGAUGUUGUGUAGAAUCUAUCAGCUGCGGAAAGCAUUGCAUCUGCACCUUCCCGCUUCAAAACGCCUUCUUUCGCUAGCAAACGAAUUCAUUUCAUCUGUUCACCUAGAAAACACGGGACUGUCAGUUCAUUGGACAAGCAACCGCACAGCUCAUUUGCCCUACAUCUUCUUACGUGACAACUGCCAAGAACCAGAGUCGUUUGAUCCGACUGCUAAGCAGCGCCUCUUCAAUCCAGUGUUCUCUGUCGAUCUCGACAUCAAAGCCAAAUCUGCUAACGUGAGUGAUGAUGGAGGCGAGGUGACGAUCACGUGGCCUGAUGGGCACAUCAGUCGUUAUUCUUCAGUUUGGUUGACAGAGCACAGUGAAGGAGCAGAUUUUGACACAGCCAGGCUGCCUGUGGAACAGAAGCUUUGGAAGAGUGAUAUUGUUGAUAAAAUGGCAACGUUUGAUUUUGAGCAGGUGAUAAAUGACGAUGGCAGUCUUCUCAAAGUUCUUCUUCAACUUGAUUCUUAUGGCAUAGUAAUGAUGGAGAACGUGGGACUUACAUCUAAUCAAGUGAAACGAUUUUGCGACCGCAUCUCUUUUCCCAAGACGACUGUCUAUGGGCAAGACGUUAUGAAAGUAGAGACUACAUCAAAUCCCUACAACUUGGCAUACUCAAAUGUUGCCAUACACCUGCACACUGACCUGCCCUACUACAAUUAUUGUCCAGGGGUUCUGAUGCUUCAUUGCACGGAGCAGCUAUCUGGCAAUAGAGGAAGCACUUACUUCUGUGACGGCUUCAAUGUCGCCUAUGAGCUUAGAGAGAGAAAUCUGGCCGCAUUUGAGAUGCUUAGUCAAUAUCCUGUCUUCUUUGCUACCGUUGGGAAAUAUUAUUUGCCUUACAAAAUGGAGUGGUGGCGUAUACCAAUAACCGUGAAUCUGUCUGGUCGAAUUACUGAUAUCCAUUUCAGCAACUUUGUUCGUGGUUCUCGCUACCAUUCAUCACUCAACGGGAGGCUACAAGAGUGGUAUGAGGCCUACUAUGCAUUCACGCGUCUAGCCUACAGUUCCGAAUUUCUAGUCAAAUACAAGUUGCAGCCCGGGCAAAUGGUGGUGCUUGACAACUUGAGAAUUAUUCAUGGCCGACCAGCCUUUGACUUGUCUGACGGCAGUCAUCGUUGUUUAGAACUAGCGUAUCUCGACUGGGAUGAAGUACGCUCAAAAGCUCGAGUCAUAAUGGAUGAGCAAGAGCAAAAAUGAUAGACAAAGUGUAAUAGUGAAAUUGUCUUAUAUUUUGACUGUCACAACUACACCUAAUUUUUUACUUUGCUUUUGAUUCUAUUGACUUUAGUAUUUUACAAUUUUAGUAUGGGAUGAAAAACGUGCAUCAAAUGUUGUUGCAGAUUGCUGUUACUGUUGUAUGUAUUAAAUACACAAUUUUUUAUUUACUGUCU